AUGAACCUCGACGAUGAAACCUCCGUUCAUUCGCCUUCCGCCGACCAGAAAAUCGCUUCAGCAGCCACAGCCAUCACGAUGAGCAAGAUCGAUGAGCCAGCGCGCACUGCUCCAGAAACCCACGCCAUCACGAUGAGCAGCACCACCCAGCCAUGUCGCAUCGCACAAGACUCCCCACUCCUUUCCCUCCCACCCGAACUCCGCAACCAAAUCUACGAACUCAUCCUGAUCUCCCCACCAGAGUCCAAACCAACCAUCACCCCAACCUACCUCCCUCCAGCCCUCAUCUCCGUCUGCCACCAAAUCCGCACCGAGUCCCUCAAACUUUGGCUCUCAUCCAACACCUUUUCGAUCACGAUCCUGAACUGCGAGGUCGAGCUCGCGAAGCGCUUUCAAAACACCUUCAUGUCCACCUCCGGUCUGAAAGAGGGACCGAAAAUGUCUUUUCGCAUGAAAGGUUCUCCCAAUUGGGGGAAUUUGAUGCAUUGGUGUGAGGCUGUGUAUAUGGGUGAGACGACUUGGUUUCAGUGUAAGGAGAAUGCCAAGGGUUUGUCUGUGGUUGUUACUGCUGCGACGAGGAUGGCGGGCACACCGGGACGGAAGGGGUGGGAGAGGGUGAGGGAGGAUUUGGAGGGGUGGAGACAUGUUGCUGGGAUCGUGGAUGAGAGGUGGUUGGUGGAUGAUGGGGAGGGUGAGGGUGAGGGAGGAGGGCAGGUUUGA